GCCGUUGGUACUCCACUCGCCUCGCUCGUCUUCGUCUCGCGGUGCCCGUCUCCGAGUCUGCAAGUAUUUUUUCUGCUGGAGCAGGGGCAGUUAGUUUUAUGGCCCCCACGUCCACGUCCUCGGCGACCCAGUCCUCGUCCACCAUGCAGCCGCAAGAUCCCAGCUCCGCCACGCUCGACGCCUCCCAGGCCUUCAAUUACGACCCGGCUUCCUACCAGCAGUACGCCCAGGAGCGCGCGCUUCACGACCAGGCCGUGCACAACUCUAUGGCUGCCGUUAGUGGUACGGCUUUAGCCGGCAAGCCCGUGACCAGCUCGGUCCCCACCUCGGACAAGGACUCGUCCAACCUGCGCCUCAAGACCGAGGCCACAUCGGCUAGUACGUCCCCCACCAGCGUCGCCAAGGUCCAGACCCAGACGUCCACAGCACCUACGCCAGCCUCCUCGUCCUCUUUAACGGCGGCUAAGACUAACGGGGCCGCUCCAGCCCGCAACGAGUCUCUCAAAUCAAACCGCCUCUGCACCAUGCCCGGCUGUACCAAGCGUGUGCGCUCCAAGGGCCUAUGCAAAGCGCACGGCGGUGGCCGCCGCUGUAUGGUCGACGGCUGCGAGCGUAGCAGUCAGGGCCAGGGUCUCUGCAUUCGCCACGGCGGUGGCAAGCGCUGCACGCAGCCUGGCUGUACCAAGGCGUCCCAGUCCAACGGUCUUUGCAAGGCCCACGGCGGUGGCCUGCGUUGCCAAAGCCCUGGAUGCACAAAAAGUUCUCAGGGUGGCGGCUUCUGUCGUGCUCAUGGCGGUGGCCAGCGCUGCGAGAAGGAAGGAUGCAACAAAGGUGCUCAGCGCGGCGGCUUCUGCGCUGGUCACGGCGGAAGUCGCUUCUGCCAGCACCCUGACUGCACCAAGAACGACCGUGGCGGAGGCUUCUGCGCCGAGCACGGCGGCGGCAAACGAUGCGACCACCCUGCAUGCAACAAGCCAGCACGUAAGAAAGGCAAGUGCUCGUAUCACGCCAACGCCGCCAAGGGCAAGCUCCCCAAGGACCAGCUUGCUACGGCUGCUUCGCUGCCGCAGCACAUGAUGGAUAUGCGACAGAUUACCACGCCGACGUUCGCGAUGGGUGUCAAGGAUUUGCGCGACGCGCACCUCGACCCACAGCGCGCUGCGUACGUGCAGCAGCGCGUGGAGAUGGAAAUGCGCUACAAGGGCUACGAGCCUACCGCUAAUGGCCAGUACCUGCAGAUUCACGCCGACCAGCGUUCGUAUGAGCCGAUCAGUCUGCAGGCUGGGGCCGCUGCUCGUUACCACGUGCCUGUGGACAACGGUGCGUUGCCUCCGGUGUCGGGUAGUAUGUACAAGCCUGGAGCCGCGGUGGACCGUCAGGCUUACGCCUCGCGCACUGCCCCCGAGCAGAUGAAGAACCCGUACUCGCAACACUGGGCCACCAAGCCGGAGAUGCCCCAACAUCACCCGGACGGAAGGGUCGACUAUUUCGAUGUGAACAAGGAACAACAACAGCAACAGCAGCCUGGCCACCACCACCCGUACCCUGCCCAGUCGUCACAGUACCACCACCAUCUUAGUCCUGCAGACUCGGCCGCCGCCGCUGCGGCCUACGGUCAACAAGCAGGCCGUGGAUACUACAGUCCGCAGCCCCCGCAAGCUUCUGGAUCUGGAGACCAGCCUUCGUCCCAACAGCAGCAGAGCAUGAUGUAUUACUCAGCUAACGGGUACCCCCCGCAUCAGAUGCACAACAUUCAGCAACAACAGCAACAACAACAGCAACAGCAGAUGCAGAUGUUAUAA